UAUAAUUAAUUAGGAAAUUAGGAAACUUAAUGGAAACUCUUCAGCUCCCAUCUUCUCUACCCAUCCACUUCAUCUCCUUUCUUCUCCCCUAAUUGUUUUCUUCCCAACCUCUUCUUCUCAAUUCUUCUCCCCUAAUUUUACUAUCUCAACUAUUCUUUAUUUUCGAAGAACACAAGUUGAUCCAUUCGAAGAGUUCGUUAUCUCUGAUGUAGAGCUACUACAAAUUCGAUUUCAAAGGUUUGGAGCUUUGCAUGUUAGCUCAAAAUCAUCAUCGAUGUCUUUACUAUCUCUCUUGCUAUGGUUUUUUUUUUUAGCAACAGAAUUGCAGUUGACUGAAGACAAAAAAAUGCUCGAGUGUGUUGCUCUUAGUCAGAUCCCUGAUUUUCAAAGUGGGUUCUCUAGCGAUUCAAGUUUUUUAGGAUUAUCAACCAGAAGUACAAGGCCUAGGGUUUUGGGUUUCAGCUAAAAGAGAAUUUCAGGAUAACCACCAUAUAUAUGAGAAAACAAACGGAAAAGAUUCAAUUACAAUCUGAAGCAAAGUUUCUGAAGCUGAACAAGACCAGAAUUCUGCAAAUUGAUGGCACCGGGUGGACGUGUUUUUAAGCAAACUACACUUACAGGGGAAACAAUUCAAGAUACUCAAUCACUAGAUGAAUCAAAUAACCAUACUCCUGCUGUGAAUACAAAUGAUUCCACUAGAAUCAGGAACAGUCGCGGCAAGACUAGAGGGAAAGGUCUUGAAAAAAUGAAGAAAGCUCAAGGAAGAAAGAUGAAAAUAGAGAUCCCAAUUGGUAAAGGAAGGCCAACUAAACCAGAUCAAUCGGCAAAACUAUCCAAUGAGCUAGGGAUAAUUGCUCGGAAUUUUCUUUUACUUCCAAACAAGUGGAAAGAACUCACAAGAGAGGACAAAGAUGCAGCACUAAUUAGAUGCCAUGAGAGGUUUGAGGUUAAUUUAGAUGAGCAUUACGUGAAAGAUAAUUGUGAGGAUAUUCUAAAAAACAGAAGCCAACAAUGGCGCUACAAGUUAAAAUAACUAUUUGAAAAUGCACGCUCUGAGGAAGAAGCUCGUACAAUUGAAGUGCCAGAGUUGACCCCAGAAAAUUGGAAUAGGCUUUGUGACAUGUGGAUCAACCCAGAGCAUAAGAGUAAAACUAACCCUGAAGGAGUAGAGCCUGACAGAAUUGAGUUCUAUAAGCAUACUCAUUACAUGAGUGAGAAAGGAUGGUCAUCUUUAGAGGCUGAGACUCACUAUAACAACAUGACAGAUUUGAAAGAUCUAUAUACAUCGGGAGUAUCUUCCAUGACUAUUGAUGAAAUUGUGGAUACUAUACUUGGUACAAAGUCGGGGUACAUAAAAGGACUUGGUUAUGGCCCAAAACCUAAUACUACAAGAUCUACACAAAGGAGAACGGCGGAGUUAGAAGACUCCCUCAAAAAGGCAAAACAGGAAGCUGUUAGUGCCCAGCUUGAAUUACAGAAUCGGUUAAAUGCAACUGAAACUGUGGUAGAUAAUCAGGAAUCUCAAAUACAAGACCAGCAAUCUCAAAUACAAUCAUUAAAUUCUCAAUUGAAUACUAUAGUGGCACGCCAAGAGGAAAUGCUUAGAAAGAUGCAACUUCUUUCUCGCUCAUCGCCACCAAGCAAAGAUUGAGAUCCAUCAAAAUGUCAACUUAAGGUUUAAAAGAUGAGAAUUAAAUCAAGACUAAUGCAAACUAAGUAUCACCACAUUAUUGGUACUUUGGAAGAAACUUCUACUUUUCAGUCUCAGUUUAGGAGUCAUAUUUCUUCUAUUUCAGUUAGAUUUGCUUGCUAUUGGACUUAUUUUAUUUUAAUUUAAGGAGCUUGUAAUGACAUAUUACCUUCAUAUAUUUUACUCGUUUUCAAUUGUAUGAUCAUGGGUGGA